AUGCAGGCUCUUCGUUUCCACAACCAACGUGAUAUUCGACUGGACAAUGUGCCUAGGCCGGAGUGUCGCCCACACGAAGUGCGAGUCAAAGUGGCAUAUUGCGGUAUCUGCGGCUCUGACAUCCAUGAAUACCUUGGAGGCCCUAUCUUCGCCCCCAAGCCCGGGCACAGGCACCCUCAGACUGGAACAUCUCUGCCUGUUGUCAUGGGCCACGAGAUGUCUGGCACUAUUGCCGAGCUGGGCAUAGAGGUUAAGAACCUGUCCGUUGGGCAAAAAGUGACUGUCAUCCCCUUGGUGGCCGAUUCACAGUAUGGGACAAGUCCAUGCGCCUCGUGCCUCGCCGGUCACCCCAACACAAGUAAGCAGGCGACGUUCUACGGAUUCAGUGCCCCAGGAGGUGGGUUCGCCAAUGAAAUCACGGUUAAUCAAGCGAACAUUGUGCCCAUCCCGGACAAUGUAUCGCUGGAAAUCGCGGCCUUGAGCGAGCCCCUAGCUGUUGCGUGGCACAUGGUGCGUACAUCCGGGUUCGUCGCGGGUCAGAAUGUCCUGGUCCUUGGCGCUGGUCCAAUUGGGCUGGCGCUGCUCAUGCUGUUGAAGGCGAAGGGAGCCGGAAAGGUCAUUGUCAGCGAGAUAUUGCCCUUGAGAAUCCAUUACGCGGAGCAGCUGGGGGCGGACAAGGUAGUGAGCCCUUUGGCUGAAGACCCGGCUGCUCCUAAUCCCGUGCUGGCAGCAGUGAGUGAGCUUACGGUGGAAGGGGUUGGUAUUGCGUAUGAAGCUUCUGGUCUUCAGGUCACCCUGGACACGGCCAUUGCAGCGGUUAUGCCGGGAGGGGUUGUCUUCAAUGUCGCGGUGUGCGAGAAGCCCCUGCAGGUCAAUAUCAAUGACUUUGUGAUCAUGGAGAAACGAAUGGCCGGAGGGAUCUCCUAUACAUUAGAGGACUUCCAUGACGCAGCUUUCACAGGGAGAAUGCUCCCGGAUAGCAUAAGCAUCGGCUGCAAAGGUUGCCCAGAGAAUGAAGAAGCUUGGUUGAGUGUUGCCAUCUGA